AUGGACAAAACAGACUUUUCCCUCUCUUCUAAGGUUCAAAAGAUCCUUGCUGCAAAAACAGCUGAAAAUUACAUUGCUCUCUUAAUUAUCUACAAAGAAGUUUAUGCUAUUUCAGGUCUAUUGAAUAGAGCUUCAGCUAACACUGUUAUGAGUUUUACUGAUACAAGAUAUAUAAUCUUACUAUAUGCACUUCCACUUCAUACUAUGCAUAUUCUUCAACCAUCUGAAAUUCUUUUUGCCAAACUUAAAAAGAAGUAUAGUAAAGAUUGUAAUAUGCUUUAUAGCAAUAACAAUGAGCUAGUGACCAAGUAUUCUUUUGCUAAAAUUUUUGGACCAGCUUUUAUUAUAACCUACACUUUCAUGGCAAUAAUUAACUUCUUUAAAGCUACAGAAAUUUGGUUCUUCAAUCCUAAUGCUAUCAGUAAUGACUGUCUUGAUCCUUCACUUGUUACUGAACGAUUUAACUUAUCUUCUUCUCUACCCCUAUCUUUAGUAGAACUUCAACUAACCUCUAACUACUCUACUCGAUCCAAUGUUAUUAAAGAGUUGAAACUGCUGAAGAUUAAAAAUGAGACCUUUAGAAGAGAAAAUCUACAACUAAAAAAACAGAAUGCCUCAAUUAAAGAAAACUUUUUAUUAGUACAAGAGGAGCUAGAAAUCUUUAAAAAUCCUGGUACUUUUUCUUUAAAACUAGUACUUAAGUAUUCAGUUUCUAAAACUAAGGAACAGGAG